UUUUCCAAUUUUUCUCGAAAUUCAGGGUCACUUUCCAGGGCAGUAACUACUUCUUUUAAGUAGCGAUCAUAUUCUAUUCCCAGAGCACCCAAUUGUUCAUUUUCACCUUCUCCUAUAUCAUUUUCGGAACUUUUUUCACCAUCUUUUUUCUUUUGUUGUGUAACAGGUGGACCUAUUACACCAUGCAAAACUAAUAGAAGUCCUAAAAUAAGUAGCUGAAGAUUCAUCUUCACAGCAAUUUUUCCAUCCUCUCCCAUCGCCCCACUACGUCAGUUAAAGUGAGAUUUGCUUCGUGCGCUCUCUGACAGCGUGUCGCAGGCGCCGUUUACGACAUUCUCCCUGGCUGGCUUACGACGUGACGUGCGACGUGGUCGACAUGGGGUGGUGGAAAAGGAUGAUUUCAGUUUCACCAACUAAAACUUUUCAGCAAUCUGUGUGAUUCAAUAUUAAUUCAUGAAUACAAUUUUUUCGCGCUCUCUUACUGAUCGUUUACAUGUAUUUAUCAGUAACACAUUAAAUUAUUAUUUCAAGAAAGUAGGAGCUGGUACGUAUUCAGAAAUAAUAAUCAUGUUAAUGAUGGUUAUACUGACACUUGACAGAAGAGGAUAAACCUGGGAUAAACAAAUGAAUUGUAAAUUGCGAUUGCCUGUAGCUCGCCCGUUGUAAAUACGAUCGCGCAUUGCUGCUGUGAGCUGUACUCUGCUCUAUAUGCCUUAUGUUGGACAUAUGCUGGGCAUAUGCGGUUUUGAAUCCCCCAGUAAUCGUGAUGUGAUGUAAUUUCGUUCCUUCUGUGUUUUGCAAAGAUAGCCGAUGUUCCGCGAGUCACUGUCUUAGUGGCUUGAAAACUUAUUGAGAGCUAUUGAAAACCAUUAAGCCUUGUGUUAGGUAUGCUGUGCUGAUGCAUGUUAUACACUGUUAUUGGGAAUUGGUUAUCCCAAGAUGAUAACCUGUCAGACAGAUGCAUCAGCCGUUGACAAAACCCUUUUAACUGUAGUUUUGCGGUUAUUAAUAUUAAACUCGUGUCAAAUUAUGUAAUUUCCAGUAGCAAAGACAAAUUACGAAUAACUGAAAAUGGCUUCAGAUAUUUUGAUCUGGAAGGAUUCAUGUUAUGGUGGCGUUAAAAAGAAAGAGAAGAUCCAGCUACAAAUAAAUUCCUAAUGAUGAUAUCCUACAUUAUGAUGGUUAUUAAGCGCCAGUGUGCCCUUUUAUCUCUUACCGCACUCUUUUUGUUGGUGCUUAGUGCAAAUAUGUACUUUGUUUAUUUAAUAGUGGAAGAAAAAUCACCAAAUGUAGUGACUGGAAAAGAGAAUGGGGGAUCUAAACCUGAACAACGUGCCAAUUUGGUUGCCAUUAAGAAAACCGUUAAACCAGCAACAAAAGUAAAGAUAAGCAAAGUUGUUCAACAUCGAAAUGCUACCAUCAAAGCAAUGAAAAAUAUUCAACAGAAAGUUACUGUAUUGCCAUCCAAAUAUUUUAAAACUAACCUAAUGUACAAAAAGCUAAUGCAGGAACUUAUAGAUGAUUUAAAACCAACAGCCGACAUUUCAACAACUCUCUGGAGUACAGCUGAAAAAUGGGUUAAAGCUAGAGAGAUUGUGCCAGAAAGAUCUUCUCUGUUAGGGAGUGUAUUACGCACGCUGUGCUCAACACGUAUUGUUCAUGCUGAAAAUGCUCGUCAUGGGACUCAAUUGAAACUAUUACUAACACUUCAAGACAACCAAAAAGCCAUUUUCAAGCCCCAAUGGUAUCCUCGAACAGAAAUGAUAGAAGGUCCUGUAUAUGCUGGAAAAGAUAGGCACAAUGCUGAAGUUGCUGCUUUUCAUUUAUCAAUUCUUUUGGGGUUGCGAAGAUGCCCUCUUACAGUAGGUCGAAAAGUGAACUUGCGUAGUGAGAUAAUGCCAGUUGCCACUGAUGAUUUAUUUGACACGUUUUAUCAAGAAGGAAACAACACUUGCCUGUAUGGUGUGUGUUACUAUUGUAGUCCACAAGAUCCUGUUUGUGCUCACAAGAAUGUAAUGGAAGGAGCUUUGAUAAUGUGGCUGCCAUCAGGUCCAAGUUACAAACUUAAAAAAUUUCGUCAUCCUUGGCAGCGCACCUACAGAGUUGAUAUGGCAGCCCGAUGGGAGACCGAUGAGAAAUACUGCACUAGAGUGAAAGCAUCCUCUUUAUAUAAUCCAAAGUCUGGUCCGAGAUUGUUGGAUUUAAUAGAUACUGCCAUAUUUGAUUUUCUAAUUGAUAAUGGAGACAGGCAUCAUUAUGAGGUAUUUGAAAAUUCUCCUGCCUCUGUUGUUUUGUUGUUGGAUAAUGGAAAAAGUUUUGGACAUCCUUAUCAGGAUCAUAUAGACAUUCUGGCUCCUUUGUACCAGUGCUGCCUAAUGCGCAAAUCAACAUGGGAGCGGCUACUACUCUUCAAGGGUGGUACAGCUUUAAGUACUUCUCUAGGAGCAUUGCUUCAGCAUAGCCACAUCACUCCAGUACUGUCACCACCACACUUACAGGCAUUAGAUCGGAGACUUCAAAUUGUAUUUGCAGCAACAGAAAUAUGUUUUGAGCAGUAUAGUAAAGAGAGAGUUUUAAUGAAUGAUUCAUCUAGUUAAUUCAACUUUUCUCGAGAUAUGGUGUGUCAAAGGAGAAUGCUAGAUAUGGUAGACCGUGAACUCUAGUCUUCUAAGACUCUCCUCCAUGAAUGUUGAUGACAUGUUAAAGAGGGUGCAGUAUUUCUCCACCCCCAUCCCCCACCCAAAGUAUGUUUGAUUUGUACAAAAAAAUGAAAUUCAUUGUGAAUGUUGAAUUGGUGAUUGUUGUUUUUUUAAUAGAGUGGAAUACUGUAGGUAAGUGCCAAAUAAUCGGGAUUUUCUUUUUAUGGUUGUAACAUGUUUUCUGUGUACACUUUUUCAAAUUAACAUAAUUUUUAUACUCUGAUAUCACAAGAAGUUAUAAUACAGUGAAAUCUUAAUAUAAAGAAUAGAAAAUAUAUUAUUCGGGUAAACUUGAUGUAGACCAUCUACUACGUUUAAUGUUUUUAUUUAUUUAAAAAAUUUGACUACUAUUAAUAUUUUAUUCUAGUCAUUUUAAAACAGUUGUUCACAAUUGUCUCUUUUCUGUAAUGAGCAACAUGUGACUUGAGCAUAUGAACUUUUGUUUUCAAAUCAAAACAUUCUAUUAAUUGCAAAACACAUUAGGUCCAUCAUGUGAUAUUCAAUAAUUUUGUCUUGAAAAUAUACUUUUGUAAGGAUAUAUGUUGAUAAAUUUUUGCAUUUACAUCUUAUUUGCCCUAUUGAAAAAGAAAAUGUGUUUUUUUUUAUUUUAUUUUUUUGUUUGAAGUCUGCAUCAAAAAGAAGAAAAUAGUCAGAAAAUGCAAAAAUGAAAGAUAGCAUCAGUAUUGCCAUAUUUUAUAUAAUGAAACUAGGUGUUUCUAGCAGCGGUGGAUUCACAGAAAUAUCUGGCAAAAAUCUUUUCCAAAAAGUAAUGAUUGUGCCAACUCCAUAGCCAUCCAGUUUCUUGAACUAUACUGAUGCAUGUUAUUUAUUGCCCAAUAUUUAAUAACAAACUGUUCCUUUUGAACAUUACAAAACUUAAUCGAUACAAAAUAUCCAUUUUUGUGGAACAUUUCCCACAAAAUGUCAUUGCAUUCUUGUUCAGGAAGUGGUUUUACCAUAAUUUCUCCAUCCAACCCAUGCCUGUGUAUGUAUGAAAAUAUUUGUCAUUGUUUUUGGUUAUCUAUUUGGAAUUUAUCAGUAUUCAGUUUCACAAAAUAAUCAUGAUUUUUUUUUCUUUUAAAAUUAUGAAAUUUUGUGUCUACAUAAUAUGAAAAUAUUGUUUCUAAUAUAACAUUAACCAAAAUGAAACCAUCUUCUGCAUCUUUUUCUUUUUUCUAUUGGAUAUUUCAUGAAGUUCACCUUUCCUUAUAAAGAAAGUGUCUUGAGAAAUACCACUUUAUAGAAGCGGAUUUAAUCUUGCCAGAAUCUCGCAAGUCACUAGUGG